AUGCGGGCCACUUUACCGCGGUCGUACCUCGCACUUGAACCGCCAGCCCCCUACUGGAUAAAUGACCUGGACAUGGCGGAGAGGCGGGUGGAGCUCCAGUGGAAGAGACACAUCUGUGAAGAACUGAAGCUGAGAGACCGAGUCCAGAGAGCUGCCUUUGAGGAAAUUAUCCUCCAGUAUAAUCGUCUCCUGGAGAAGUCCGACCUCCAGGCUGUUCUGUCUGAGCGAUACCAGAGUGACAAGUAUGAGAGACAUGACACUGGUUGUGUUCCGGACUCAAGCCGCAGUGAUGUUCUCCAACAGGAAAUGUCCCAAAUGAGAAUCAGACACCAGGAAGAACUGACGGAACUGCACAAGAAAAGAGGAGAGUUGGCGCAAAACGUCAUUGACCUGAACAACCAAAUCCAACAGAAGGACAGAGAGAUCCAGAGCAACGAGACUAAGAUGUUGGAGCACCAGCAGCAGAUCAGCACUUUGGAAGGAGAUUGUAGAGAGCUGAGGAACACACUCCAGGAGCUGGAGCGAGCCAACCAGACGCUGAAGGACGAGUAUGACGCUUUACAGAUCACCUUCAGCGCUCUGGAGGAAAAACUACGAAAAACCACAGAGGACAAUCAGGAGUUGGUGUCCCGUUGGAUGGCAGAGAAGGCCCAGGAGGCGAACAAACUGAACUCGGAGAAUGAGAAGGACACAAGACGGAGGCAAGCCAAACUGCAGAAGGAGCUCGCAGACGCCGCCAAGGAGCCGCUGCCCAUCGACCAAGAUGACGACAUCGAAGUGUUGGCAGAAGACUCGAGUAAAGGAGGAGGAGAGACGUCUCCUCACAGAGCAGCGAGCCGCACGCCCAGUGGUAAGAAGCAGGGACCGGCGCCCCCUGGUGGACUGCUCGACUCAAUCUCCAACAUCUUUGGUGUGUGUGAGCCUGGACUUCCUCCUCCGCACAGACGCAGACAUGCUAACUCGCUCAGCUCUCCCUCUGAGGACGCACAGCCCCCUGGUGGUGGAUGUGCAGAAGUGCGGGUCCCCACCACUGCACUGCACACCUUUGAAGCUCACGAUGGAGAAGUGAACGCUGUGAAGUUUAGUCCAGGAUCCAGACUCUUAGCAACUGGAGGAAUGGACCGACGAGUCAAACUGUGGGAGGUUGUGGCAGGUCGGUGUGAAGCUAAAGGUGCUCUGACCGGGAGUAACGCAGGAAUCACCAGCAUAGACUUCAACAGUGCGGGUUCAUAUCUUCUUGCCGCUUCCAACGACUUCGCCAGCCGCAUCUGGACCGUGGAAGACUACAGAUUGCGGCACACCCUGACGGGUCACAGUGGUAAAGUCCUUGCGGCUCGGUUCCUGUUGGACAAUGCUCGCAUCGUCUCCGGCAGCUACGACCGCACUCUGAAACUGUGGGACUUGAAGAGCAAAGUCUGUAUGAAGACUGUCUUCGCCGGCUCCAGUUGUAACGACAUUGUCUGCACAGAGCAGUGUGUGAUGAGCGGACACUUUGACAAGAAAGUUAGAUUCUGGGACAUCAGGUCAGAGAGCAUUGUUCGGGAGCUGGAGCUCCAGGGCAGAGUCACAUGUUUGGACCUGAACCCUGAGAGGACCGACCUCCUUAGCUGCUCCAGGGAUGAUGUCAUCAAGAUCAUCGACCUGCGGAGCAUAGCAGUGAGGCAGACCUUCAGUGCGCAGGGUUUUAAGUGUGGAGCCGACUGGACCAGAGUCACCUUCAGUCCUGAUGGCUGUUAUGUUGCUGCUGGAUCAGCAGAUGGCGCUCUGUAUGUGUGGAAUGUGCUCACAGGGAAAGUCGACCGAAUCCUGGACCGAAACCACAGCUCAGCCAUAAACUCAGUCUCGUGGUCACCGUCCGGAGCAUACGUGGCAAGUGUGGAGAAGGGCAGCCGCGCCAUCUUGUGGGAACAGGACCAGAAGGACCUAAAAGCCUCUUCACUCACAGGAAGUGACAUCAAAGACGCCAUGAGUCCAAGACGAGUCGUGUUUAAGAAAGUGUCGAGGGACAAAUCUCUUGCUGUGUAUCUCCCAAAGAGAGACUUUGUGGAUCAGUGCGACAGCGUGGAGCCGAUCGAGGGAGUGGUGGUGAUCGACCCCCAGCAGCUCAAGGGAAAGAAAGUCUACGUGAUGCUGGCGUGCACGUUCCGUUACGGGCGCCAGGACAUGGAUGUGAUGGGCGUGGCCUUCAGACGUGACCUGUUCGUUGUGACGCGGCAGCUCUACCCCGAGCUCCAGGACAAGAGUCAGCUGACGCACUCCAGGGUCCAGGAGAAACUGUUGCUCAAGCUGGGCCAGUACGCCUUCCCCUUCUUCUUUGAGUUCCCAGAUAAUCUGCCGUGUUCAGUGGAGCUACAGCCAGGACCCAACGACGAGGGCAAGAAAUGUGCCGUGGAGUUUGAGGUGAAGGCGUUUUGUGCCGCUCAGCAGGACGAGAAGGUCGAGAGGCAGAGCUCCGUGCGUCUCUCGAUCCGUAAAGUUCAGUUCAGUCCGGACUCGGUCGGUCCGGCUCCAGUCGCAGAAACCACCUUCGAGUUUGUGAUGUCAGAAAAACCUCUGAACGUCAAGAUGUCUCUGCCCAAAGAGACCUUCUAUCACGGUGAACCAGUGAAAGUUCAUGUGGAGAUCACCAACUCAUCAAACAGAGACCUCAAAGACCUCAGUCUAUCUGUGGAGCAGGUCACCAACGUGGUCCUUUACUCCAACGACAAAUAUGUGAAGUCUGUGGCCAAAGAGGAGACCAGUGACACGGUUGCCGCGGGGACGACCCUGAAGCAGGAGUACGUCCUGUAUCCUCUGCUCACACACAACCGCGAGCGACGAGGCCUCGCCCUGGACGGACGCCUCAAGCACCAGGACACCAAUCUGGCAUCCAGUACCAUAGUGAAGCAGGAGGUGCUGAAGGAGGUGCAAGGCAUGCUGGUGUCGUAUAAAGUGGUGUUGAGGAUGAUCGCCUCUGGAACCGUGGGAUCCAGUGAUGUUUCACUGGAGCUGCCGUUCAGACUGAUGAAUCCCAAACCCGACUCCGCCAAAGACGGAGAUCCUGGAGACCUGGUGUUUGAAGAUUUUAAGAGAGAUUAUCUUAAAGGAGUGAUCGGAGACGACGAGGACUCUCCCACUGAGGCUUGA